GUCUCAAUAAAAGUCCUAGAAUGUUAUGCAGUCUAUCAAAAGUAUCAACAGCGGCAAACAUACAAUUACAAAGCCAGCCAAUUUUUGCGAUUAUUUCUUUCCUUUUACACACAUAAAAAAAAAAAUGAAUUCUUGGGCACAAGAAAAGGUAAAUUAAUAAACAUGAAUCAACUAAUGGUCCAUUGUUUUACCAUUAUUUUCUCUCUCUCUUUCUCAGUCUGAACUUUUAGAGACAGAGCCCUCCAUCUAUUCAGAUUAUGAAACCACACAAGUCUCGAUGGAAUGCCACAUUCCCGAAUCCAACAUCGGUUACCAAUUACUGCAAAAAAUGGGUUGGACUGCAGGUAGAGGGUUGGGAUCCAGAGGACAAGGAAGAGUGGACCCGAUUCGUAUCGAAUUAAAAGACGACGCUCUUGGUGUCGGUAAAGCUCGCGAAUUCGACACAAACCAUAUCGAAAGCACCUCCAAAAGAAAAGCACUGGACAGUGAAAAGCAAAUGGAUGAAUCCGAAAUACAACGGACAGAACGAGAAUACAGAGCCGAAAAGAAACAGGCCAUCGAAAAGGAGUUACAGCAGGUCAAACGCGUCUUUUACUGUGAAUUAUGCGAUAAACAGUACAAGAAAGUAAGCGAGUAUGACCAGCAUCUUCAGAGUUACGAUCACCAUCAUAAAAAGAGGUUCAAGGAUAUGAAGGAAACCGCGAGAAAUUCCAUCAUGAAUCAGUCUGAACGAGAAAAGAAACUGGCGAGAGAAAGAAAACGCGAGGAAAAGGAAUUGAAGCGUAUGCAAGAAGCCAUGCAAAAGAAGUUGGGUCAACCAGAUCAGCCUGUGACUAAGCCUUCUAUUCCUACAACCACAACUGCACCUAAUAGUGUGCCAUCCAAUGGUAAUGGUGGAUGGGCUAGCACAACAGGUGGGUGGGGUCAGCCUGUCACCGUUCCCGUGGCUACAAAAACACAAGUGCCUCAGCCAUCUGCCGUGCUUCAACCAUCCACAGUGCUUCAUUCAUCCACAGUAACUCAGUCAUCUACAAUGCCUCAUUCAUCCACAGUGCAUCAGUCAUCUACAGUGACCCAAGCACCAGCAGCAUCUCCUGCGGUACAAGCGCCCAAGAAACUAGCGUUUGGAUUGAAGAAGAAUGUAUUUCAGUUUGGCAUGAAAAAGAAAUGAGUGUAAGGAUGUACGCGCGCUAAUAAAAUUCGCGACAUAGGAUAUGCGCGCGCGGGCCACGAAAAAUCAAUUGAUUUUAGUGGCUUAUAGUUCAAAUCUCCCCCUUCCCCUGGUCCUUUGGAAAUAAACACCCCGCCAUUUUUUUUUCUUUUCUCUCUU